AAUACCAAUGCUUAUAGCAAUAGGCUGUUUAUAAUUGAAGAGCUAAAUACGAUACGUAAUAGUUUGCUUAUGGCUAUGGAAAUAUUAUUGCUCACUCUCUCCUCUCCUCCAACUUACCAACCUUAAACCAAUUUUUUUUCUUAAAAAAAAAAAAAAAGAAAAAAGAGGAGCAUCACAUAUUCAUCGUCGUACAGUUGUGCAAUGAUGGGUAACCACCGCCUGGGAUCUCCUCUCUUGGCCUAUGCCUCUCAAGAAAACAAGAAAUGGAGGAAACCUCUCUCCUGUCUCAUUACUCUCACUCUCCUUACCCUCAUAAUCGUGAUUCUUCUAGUGCCUGGAAACAACAUAAAUCUUUGGAAACAGAAAGAUGGAAACAAGCAUAGUAAUUGGAUUCAAGUAAAUGAUGCUGACAUAAUCGAGUCACAGAAGGGUGUUGUUGCAGCUGAUGAUGGCCGUUGUUCUGAAGUUGGAGCUUCAUUCCUUAGGCAGAAUGGUCAUGCCGUUGAUGCUGCAGUGGCCACCGCAUUGUGCCUCGGUGUCGUUAAUCCGGCGUCAAGUGGGAUCGGAGGAGGUGGUUUCAUGAUCCUCCGAUCUUCAUCAACCAUGCAAACACAAGCUUUUGACUUCAGGGAAACUGCUCCUUUGGCUGCCUCAGAGGAUAUGUAUGCAAAUGCACCCGAUGCCAAGUUCUAUGGUCCACUGUCUAUGGGAGUUCCUGGGGAGAUAGCUGGUCUACACAAAGCCUGGUUAGACCAUGGACGUUUGGAAUGGAAGAAGUUGUUCCAACCUGCUAUAAAACUUGCUAAAGAUGGAUUUGUAAUUACCCCUUUGCUUGGAGGAAAGAUAAUUAAUAAAGCACAGAUGAUUUUAAAUGACCCUGGAUUGAGACAAGUUUUUGCUCCUAAUGGGAAGUUGGUAAAAGCUGGUGACACAUGCUACAAUGUGAAACUUGGCCGUAGUUUAGAGGAAAUUGCAGAGCUAGGACCCCAAGCCUUCUAUAAUGGUUCUAUCGGUGAGAAACUGGUCAAAGAUGUGAAAGAGGCUGGUGGGAUUUUGUCAAUGGAGGAUUUGAGAAAUUACAAGGUGAAGACUAUGGAUGCCAUGGCUGCAGAUGUAAUGGGCUACACUGUAUAUGGGAUGCCACCGCCUUCAAGUGGAACCCUCGGGAUUUCUCUGGUUAUGAACAUCCUUGAUAGUUAUGGAAGCUCUGAUGCUGCAAAGGGAGAUCUUGGUGUGCAUCGGUUGAUUGAAUCGCUAAAGCACAUGUUGGCCAUACGAAUGAACCUGGGAGACCCUGAUUUUGUAAAUAUUAGUAAAUAUGAAAAUCAAAUGCUUUCACCAGAUUUUGCUAAGCAAAUUAAGGAAAGAAUAUUUGACAAUACUACUUUUCCUCCAGAGUACUACAUGAACAGGUGGAGUCAGCUAAGAGAUCAUGGAACCAGCCAUUUCAGCAUUGUAGAUACAGAUCGAAAUGCAGUAUCAAUGACAACAACCGUAAAUUUUCCAUUUGGAGGUGGGGUUCUCUCCCCUUCCACUGGGGUUGUGCUCAACAAUGAGAUGGGUGAUUUCUCAACACCUACAGAAAUAACCCCAGAUGAGCUCCCUCCUGCUCCUGCAAACUUUAUCAAACCGAACAAGAGACCUUUAUCUUCCAUGACCCCAAUUAUUGUCACCAAGGAUAAUCAAGUAGUUGGGGUCCUUGGUGGCAGUGGGGGUAUGGAUAUCAUCUCUGCGGUUGCUCAGGUUUUUCUUAACUAUUUUGUUUUGGGAAUGGAUCCAUUGGCUGCAGUUCAGAGUCCAAGGAUCUAUCAUGAGUUAAUUCCUAACCAGGUCUCCUAUGAGAACUGGACAGUGAUAUGUGGCAAUCACAUUGAGCUUUCAGAAGGAACCAAGCUGUUCUUGCAAGAAAGAGGUCAUCAAAUAGUGCCUAGGGCAGGGGGUGCCAUCACUCAGUUUAUUGUUCAAACACUACAAUCCCCAAUUGCCAUGGGUAGGAAAAAUGUAAAAUCUCCUAAUGGACAAACACUCUAUGGUACACUUGUUGCAGUUAGUGAUCCCAGAAAAGAUGGAAAGCCUGCAGCCUGUUGAAUCAGUUGAAUGUUGAAACAUCAUAAAGUCGAACAGGGUUUUGGCUACACAUCAAUUGAUAUCGAUUUACAAAAUUGUUCCAUAAUUUACACAUCAAUUGAUAUUUUCCAAUAUGGUCUAAUGCCUACUGGGAUAUUGAUUAUAUAAACCAUUUCACGGUGGUGUUUAUUAUGAACAAUGUAAAAUUAAUAAGAUACUUGUAAAUUUUGUAAUUACAAAUGUCAGUUUCUUCUUA